CCCCAGAGUUGAGCGGAUCGUUGGCCUUCUGGGCCUGGUCCGAACGGCGAAGCUCAUGGGGAACUAUAGCCUGACAUUUGUGGCGAUCAGCAGCAUCUACAUUGGAGUGGACCAGAUGGUCGAGAAGGACAGGAUGAAGAAAGAUUUCAUCAACGGUGCAGUGGGUGGAUUCGUUGCCGGCGCUUCUGACUUGGGAUUCAAAGGUUCGGUAUGGGGGCCGGACACCGUGGCGUGGGUCCUAACGUUCAUGAUGGCCCGUAAACGAAUCCGGAGCCUCAGCCAACUGCAUCAGCAAAAGUAGAAAAGGGGCAAUCAAAGCUGAUGGUUCCGACUUAGUUGGCUGUCCAUUCAAAUCGAAUUGGGAAAAAAUGCGGUGGCGUCAUUCAACUUUUUCCUUUUCACACACAAGCGAGAGGCGUGGGACUGGUGGAAGGAAAAAUGGGGUUUUGUUUCCCUCGUUAAUCAAACAAACGGGUCCACAGCUCGCAUCCUGCAGGACUGAAUUGGUGGUCAUGGAGGGAGAACGAAAGGGACAGGCACGUCAUUUCCCAAAAGUCUGACGACGGGAAAGGGAGGGAAGUGGAUUCAAAUUUGGAAGAAAGGAAGAGAGUUGGUGCAAGCGGAAGAGCAACAAGAAAAUGGUGGUCUGGGCUUGCCAGAAAUCCUUUCUUUUAUAUCUUAUGUAGGAAGCGAGAAAGAGAGAGGAUGACAAGGCGGGUGGGCCCGCAAAAUCAGAGGAAUGAGUUACUACUAAGAGAUGUAAUGGUGAUAGGCUUCUAUAUAUUCAUAUGUAUGGAAGAAGUUGGAGCCGCACCUGACUUCGCAACUAGAGAUUAUGAACUUCGGUUUCCUUUUCUCCCUUCUCAGUCAAGAUUGUGGCAAGGCUGUUCUGUCAGUCCUGCCUCGCUUUUUCUUGUCAGGCUGGUGAAGGUUACGAGGCAAAAAGCAACGGCAGCGGAAAUAUAGAGGUCCCGCCCCGCGGUGGUGAAUAGAAUAGAAGGGGUAAGGAGCAUGGGAAGGAAGGAGAAGGAGGGGGAAACCAAACAGAAGAUCCAGCAAGUCCUCCGUCACCUGCGCAACCAAGGAAACCUCACUCUUAAGCAGGAGAAGUUCUGUAGUGAUGCCUGCAUAAGUCGGUUCCUGAAUGCCAAGGGAGGGAACGUGAAGAAGUCUGCCAAGCAAUUGCGGUCAUGUCUUGCCUGGAGGGAUAACAUUGCCAUAGACCAGUUGAUAGCCGAUGAGUUCGCGGCGGAGAUAUCGGAAGGGGCGGCGUACGUAGCGGGCCUCGACGACGAAUCCCGGCCCGUCCUGGUUAUCAGAUUAAAGCAGGACUACCAGAAGCUCCACUCACAGAAGCUGUACAUUCGGCUUCUCGUUUUCACGAUGGAAGUGGCCAUCGCCUUAAUGCCAAGAGACGUCCAACAGUUCGUGCUUCUCCUCGAUGCAGGAGGCUGCUUCAAAUCCGCUUCCGCCUGCUUGAACAUCGUCGUCUCCACGUUCAACGUAUUGGGAGAGUACUACCCAGGCAGGCUAGUCCGGGCCUUCAUCAUCGAUCCACCCUCGCUCUUCUCCUACCUCUGGAAGGGGUUUCGUCCCUUCGUUGACUCGGCCAGCGCCGUGUCGGUCCUGUCCUUAGUAGAUGCCCGCGCUGCAGCAGCCGCCGAGGACGGCCACGACCCUGCCUUCUCAUUCUCCCGAACCGCCUCCCAUCGAUACGAUGCGACUCCUCGACUCGGCAGUUCGUUCCGGUUCACUUUCGCUGUUCCGCCUCACGACCCCCUCAAGCCAUGGCAUCUCACCCUCGCGGAGCCCAACAACAACCGCAGCAGCGAGAAAGGCGGAAGCGUCGACGAGAGACCCCGGGGUCUCGUACGAACCGGUCCAGACAACAGAUUCGAACCGAGGUCGCUCGAUCCCCUGCUCGUGUCGCCUCUUAACGCUCGGUCCUUUUCAUUCGCGUCUGCAGCCGCCAGGACGCCGCGCAGCAGGCCGACGCCGGAUCGCCUGAGCCUGCCAUCAACCCCGUGGAGUGGGCGGAGCAAGACCGCGUCGCCGUCGCCGUUUCUUGGCGUCCCAGCGAUCUUCCGGCGGGAUUCUGGUGGCCGGAGCGAGCGAACUGUCGACGCUUUCCGGCGGUGGGCACACUUCUACUGGGCGCCAUAUGACGAGAUGUCGUACCGGGCAAGGAUGCGACCGCCGCUGGGGGGACUGAUUUCCAUCAUCUCCCCUCAUCUCAAGCGCCGCGUCAGCCCCCACCUGAAUUAAUAAAAACCCUUCAUUCUUUCCCUAAUUUUUGCCUUCAUAAGAACGAGGUCUUGUCUGUUGCUUUCGCUAUGUGUAGUCAUGGAUUUUCAUAAUAAAGGCGCGGUGAAUUUUGAACAUA